AUGACACAAUCAAACCUAACCUUCGGUCCAAACUACGCCAUCCUCAACCUCGACUGGAUGACCGUCCUCAUCUCCGCCAUAAAAGACACUCCCCAAGGCCAAACCCUCAUAGCCAACUACACCAAAUGGAACGAAGCCGUCCACCAGAAAUCUCCCCGUCCAUUGACCAUAUUUUCCACUCUCGCUUUUAGCCCGGGACAGCCAGAAGUGCAGCCCGAUACGCCGUUUGGCAGACUAAUCGCUCCGUAUGGCGAGUUUGCGCAUGGUUCCAGCGAAGUGCAGAUCCAUCCUCUGUUUAAAGUUGAGGAGGGCGAUAUCGUCCUUAAUAAAACGAGGUGGUGUGCGAGUAUGGGGAAUAGUAUGGAGCAGAUUCUCAAGGCGAGGGGUAUUAAGACUGUUGUUAUUUCAGGGCUGUUUCUCUCCGGCGUCGUGAUGAGCACCAUCUACCGAUUAUUCGAUCUGGACUAUGAUAUCUUCGUUAUCAGGGAUAAUGUGGUUGAACUGCCGGUGGACCAGACUGAUGCCUUUUCCAACGUGAUGCUUGAUAUGCUGUUGCCGAAGAUGGGGUUGAAGGUCGUUUCCCUUGAUGAGGCGUUGCUGGCUUUGGAGAGGUCUUAG